AUGGUUUUUAAGAAACUUACCAAAUUUCUUUACGAGGAAGAAAUUGUUGUUACUUUCGGUUGCCAAGCCCUUGUUAAUGAUCUUAACACUUUGAGGUUUAAUUCAUCAUUAGUGAAGAUUUUUCCAAGUGCCGGCAAAUGGUUGGUCAGCUGCUUCGCUUCGCUCCUUCUUCUUGUCCGAACCCUCCGCAUCCCUGCUUCGCUCCGCCGUGAUGAUCGCUAUCUCUUAAGAUUGAUACCAGUUCCCCCACCUCUUUGUGGUGUGCUUAUUAUUGGAGAAGAAACCAUAGUUUACUGCAGUGCUAAUGCUUUUAAAGCUAUUCCAAUCAGACCUUCAAUCACAAAAGCCUAUGGAAGGGUUGAUCCUGACGGUUCUAGAUAUUUACUUGGCGACCAUACAGGGUUACUUAGUCUACUUGUAAUAACCCAUGAGAAAGAAAAGGUUACUGGUCUCAAAAUAGAGACCCUUGGGGAGACUUCGAUUGCAUCUACGAUUUCAUACCUUGAUAAUGCAUUUGUCUAUAUUGGUUCAAGCUAUGGAGAUUCACAGCUCAUAAAACUAAAUCUACAGCCUGAUGCAAAAGGUUCUUAUGUGGAAGUCUUGGAUAGGUUUGUCAACUUAGGGCCAAUUGUCGACUUCUGUGUAGUAGACCUUGAAAGGCAAGGCCAAGGUCAAGUUGUAACUUGCUCUGGAGCUUACAAGGAUGGUUCUCUUCGUGUUAUUCGUAAUGGAAUAGGUAUCAACGAACAGGCAUCAGUAGAACUUCAAGGAAUCAGAGGAAUGUGGUUUCUAAGAUCCUCAACAGAUGAUCCUUUUGACACUUUCUUGGUUGUAAGUUUUAUAAGUGAAACAAGAAUAUUAGCAAUGAAUCUUGAGGAUGAGCUGGAAGAAACUGAGAUUGAGGGAUUCUGUUCUCAAGUACAGACAUUAUUUUGCCAUGAUGCAGUUCACAAUCAACUUGUACAAGUAGGUUCUGACCUUAUUUUCUUACUAUGGUGGUUUUUUGUUGAUUUAACACCUAUAUCUUUGUCUAAAUUUUAGAAAUAUGGAUGUUAA